AUGUUGUUCAAGAGCUUCGUUUCCGCCGCCCUUGCUGCCACUGCUUUGGCCCAGCCUGUCCAGCACCAGCACCACCAGCACGACAAGAAAGCUGUGGUGGUCACCAACUGGAACACCGUAGUUGUCACCGCCACCGCCGGUGCUGCUCCUGCUGCUCAACCUACCCAAGAUGCUGAGGCUAACGCUGCCGCUGCCGUGGGCACCACCCUCGCUACCAAGCCAUCUCCAGUUGCUUCUUCUUCCUCCAGCUCUGGUUCUGGCUCCAGCCCUGCUUCGAGCUCUUCCGACUCUGUGUCCGUUCCUUCCUCCUCGGGCUCCUUCUCCGGCCCUGCUAAGGGUAUCACAUACUCUCCUUACUCCGACGAUGGUGGAUGCAAGUCUGCCUCUCAGAUCAAGUCUGAGGUGUCCAAGUUGUCUGGUUACGAGGUGAUCAGACUUUACGGUGUCGACUGUAACCAGGUCGAGGCUACCCUCUCUGGCUUGUCUUCUGGCCAGAAGAUUUUCGCCGGUAUCUUUGACGUUGACAACAUCGAGAGCGGUGUUGAGACCUUGGCCAAGGCUGUCAAGAACCACGGUGGCUGGGACGUUGUCCACACCGUCUCCAUCGGUAACGAGUUGGUCAACGCUGGCUCCGCUACCCCUGACCAGAUUGGUAAGUACAUUGAGUCUGGUAGAUCUGCUUUGAAGGCCCAGGGCUACAACGGUCCUGUUGUCUCUGUCGACACCUUCAUUGCUGUCAUCAACAACCCUGACUUGUGUAAGCACUCCGACUACAUGGCUGUCAACGCCCACGCUUUCUUUGACGGUUACGUUUCCGCCAAGGAGGCCGGCGACUGGGCCUUGUUGCAGCUCCAGAGAGUCUCUAACGCUUGUGGUGACUCCAAGAAGGUUUUCAUCACUGAGACUGGCUGGCCAACGAAGGGUGACUCCAACAAUGUUGCUGUUCCAUCAAAGGAAAACCAGAAGGCUGCUCUUGACUCUAUCUCUGCCAAGUGCGGUUCUGACGCUACUUUCUUCAAUGCCUACAACGACAUGUGGAAGCAGCCUGGCCCAUACAACGCCGAGCAAUACUGGGGUGUCUACUCUUCCUAA